GAACAAGAGCAAAUGACAGAAAAUUCACAUGUUAUAACUGUGGAAGGAUUGGGCACCUCUCAGCCACAUGUUUCUCAUCAAAAAGAUUGUGACAGGAUGGUUGAAUCUUCUUCAGUCAGUCAACUAUUGGAAAACAAAAAUAAAGGCAUCACCAUUAAUAAUAAACUGGCUAAGGAAUGGUUUACUAUUGUUUUCCAGAGGCUUACUAAAUUUAGCAGCACAACCAACCCAAAAACAGUACAAGAUGAAUACGGAACAGAUGAAUUGGACAAGAACAGAAUUAGGAAUUAUGCUAAAAAACAAAGUAGUAAAAUUAGUAAGCAGUGGAUCAGUGAGGCCACCAACUAUUAUGGAGGUGAGCUCAUUCUUUCUACAACCAAAAGCAGACUCCAAAAAUGGUGA